AAGGCCAGUGCUAUUAAUGGAAUUCACUGUCGUUCAUAUUCCUAUUGUUUUAAUAGGUCUGUUCAUAAUGUGUCAUGUUGUUUGUGAUGGUGAACAAAGUACCGCACGAUCCACCAUGAUCACCACACAGUUUGCUCGUUUCGUUCACUUGAGCACAAACAGGGUUUUAAUGGCAGCAAGUAAAUCUAACCUUGCAAAGUUGAGAAAAAAGACUGGAUAUCCUUUUGGAAAUUGCAAGAAAGCAUUGGAGGAAAAUAACAACGAUUUAGAAAAGGCAGAAAAAUGGCUCGAGGACCAAGCAAAGGCUUUGGGUUGGUCGAAGGCCAUGAAGAUGGAAAACCGCAACACACCACAAGGUCUGGUGGGGGUAGCCUGGGACAAACAGUACGCUGCCAUGGUGGAAGUCAACUGUGAAACGGACUUUGUCAGCAAAAAUGACAAGUUUCAGAAACUCGUCGAUGUAGUAGCCAAAACAUGUUUGCAACACACUAAGACAGAGAAUCCAUCUCCAAAAUCCAUAUCCAAAACGAUCUUAGAAACUGAAGAUGUUAGCAAAUUGCUUGCGCAUGACCAACAAUCUCUAUCGGACCAUCUGGUGAAGACAAUUGCGAUGGUCGGGGAGCGGUUGGUGCUGCGCAGGGCAGCCAUGGUGAGUGCGCAUCACGCCGUGAGAUUGGCGGCAUUGACACAUCCCACACCACCCGGAGCUUCAAAUUUGACUACACAGAUGGGCAAGUACGGCGCUGUGCUGAUGUACGUCUCUGCCAAGGGCGACGAGGCAACGUCUCGCCUUGCCAAACAACUCUGUCAGCACGUUAUAGGUAUGAAUCCAAGAACAAUCAAUCCUUUGCCAGGAGACGACUUGAAAGUCAAACCUAAACCAGAAAAGAAGCCAGUUUCAGAUGAAUUUGAUGAAACUGAGCAUGAGGUAGAAAUCACUGUAAGAGACGAAGAAGAAGACGAGGAAACAGUGAUGUUAAAACAGACUUUUCUCCUCGACUCAGACCGAAGAGUCGCAGAGGUCGUAGCGGAAGCUGGAAUAAGUGUUGAAGAUUUUGUCAGAUUCGAAUGCGGAGAAGGAUUAGCCGGAGCAGAAGAAGUCAGUACUAAAGCUGCACAAGUUGGCGGUUAAAUUAUUUUUACCGAGUUGUAAAAUGUUAUGCAAGUUGUAAUAUGUUAAUAGGAAUCUAUAUAAAAGUAUGUUGUCUUGUUCCAUUAUAAAUAUAACAAUGGUAUCACUGACAAAA